AUGCAAGGAUGGCGCAUCAGCAUGGAAGAUGCCGACACCACCGUCCUCAACCUGAUUCCUUCUCCUACCGCCGAAGAGUCCGAGGUCCACAAGAAUGCUCGAUUGUCUUUCUUCGGUGUAUACGAUGGACACGGUGGCGAAAAAGUAGCGACCUACUGCGGCGCCAAUAUGCAUAAUAUCAUUGCCAGACAGGAGUCUUUCAAGAAGGGCGACUAUGUCCAGGGCCUCAAGGACGGGUUUCUCGCCGCUGACAGGGCUAUGCUUGGGGACCCCAGAUUCGAGGACGAGGUUUCUGGCUGUACCGCCUGCGUCAGUUUGAUUGUUGGCAACAAAAUCUUUGUGGCCAACGCUGGCGAUUCGCGAGGUGUUUUGGGCAUCAAGGGUCGCGCGAAGCCCAUGUCUGAAGACCACAAGCCCCAACUCGAGGCCGAGAAGAACCGUAUUACUGCCGCCGGAGGUUUUGUCGACUUUGGACGUGUCAAUGGCAAUUUGGCACUGUCUCGCGCCAUUGGCGAUUUCGAGUUCAAGAAGGUCGCUGAGCUACCCCCGGAGUCCCAGAUUGUCACUGCUUUCCCCGAUGUUUCGCAGCACGAUCUGACCGACGAGGACGAAUUCCUUGUUCUCGCUUGCGAUGGCAUCUGGGACUGCCAAUCCUCUCAGGCCGUCGUCGAAUUCGUCCGUCGUGGCAUUGCCGCAAAGCAGGACCUUGAAAAGAUUUGCGAAAACAUGAUGGACAACUGUCUGGCUUCCAACUCUGAAACCGGAGGUGUCGGCUGCGACAACAUGACCAUGAUCAUCAUCGCGUUUCUCAACGGCAAGACUAAAGAGCAAUGGUACGACGAGAUUGCCAAGCGUGUUGCCAACGGUGAUGGCCCUUGCGCUCCUCCCGAAUACGCCGAAUUUCGUGGCCCCGGCGUACACCACAACUACGACAGCGACAGCGCAUUCGAAAUGGAUGCCGAUGGCAAAAAGGACUUUGGAGCUGGUGGGUCUCGCGGUCGAAUUAUUUUCCUCGGCGAUGGCACAGAGGUUCUUACGGGUUCAGAUGAUACCGAAAUGUUCGAUAAUGCCGACGAAGACCAGGAUCUUGAGAGCCAGGUCUCAAAAUCCACGACGACCGAUCAGAACGAAAAGGAUGUCAAAGGCGCAAAGACAGAGCCUUCUGCUCCCGCAUCGAACUCGGACGAGUCCGCCGAAUCCAAGUCAGCCCCCGCUUCCGACAGCAAAAAAAAGCAAGAUACGCCCGCCUCGGAAGAGACUAAGAAGGACUAG